GAGCGAGAGAGAGAGAGAGAGAGAGAGAGAGAGAGAGAAAGGGGCGGGGGAUAACCUCUUUACUCCCCCCAGGGAAGACAGCAAGAAGAGGAGAAGAAUGGGGGGGAUACGUGGGGGGUAGAAAAAUACGUGACAAAGAAAACAUUCUCUGCCUGGGAGGAGACUCUUUAAGGGUGUAGAGCUAGAGGGAGCAUUCACUGGCCAUGCCAGUAGUUACCACUGAUGCUGAGUCAGAAACAGGUAUCCCAAAAUCCCUUUCCAAUGAGCCUCCCUCAGAAACCAUGGAGGAAAUAGAGCACACAUGCCCACAGCCUCGACUGACCCUGACGGCACCUGCUCCAUUUGCUGAUGAAACCAACUGUCAGUGCCAAGCACCCCAUGAAAAACUGACCAUUGCUCAGGCCCGCUUAGGAACACCAGUGGACAGGCCUGUCAGAGUAUACGCCGAUGGAAUAUUUGACCUCUUCCACUCGGGUCAUGCAAGGGCCCUUAUGCAAGCAAAAACCCUGUUUCCCAACAGCUAUUUGUUGGUAGGAGUUUGCAGUGAUGAUCUCACCCACAAAUUCAAAGGUUUCACUGUGAUGAAUGAAGCGGAGAGAUACGAAGCUCUCAGACACUGCCGCUAUGUAGAUGAAGUAAUCAGAAAUGCUCCCUGGACACUCACGCCAGAGUUUCUGGAAAAACACAAGAUUGACUUUGUGGCUCAUGAUGACAUUCCGUAUUCCUCUGCUGGCUCUGAUGAUGUUUACAAGCACAUAAAGGAAGCAGGUGAGGCAUUCCCCUGUGCCCACCUGGAUGUUGUUCCAACACAGAGAACAGAAGGCAUCUCAACAUCGGACAUCAUUACCAGAAUUGUUCGUGACUAUGAUGUUUAUGCACGACGCAACCUCCAGAGAGGGUAUACGGCCAAGGAACUGAAUGUCAGCUUUAUAAAUGAGAAGAGGUACCGUUUCCAGAACCAGGUGGACAAAAUGAAGGAAAAAGUCAAGAAUGUGGAGGAAAGGUCAAAGGAAUUUGUGAACAGAGUGGAAGAAAAGAGCCAUGAUCUAACAAAGUGGGAAGAGAAGUCAAGGGAAUUUAUUGGCAACUUCCUAGAAUUGUUUGGACCUGAUGGAGCAUGGAAGCAGAUGUUCCAGGAGAGGAGCAGCCGGAUGCUGCAGGCCUUAUCCCCGAAGCAAAGUCCUGUGAGCAGCCCAACCCGGAGCCGGUCCCCUUCCCGCUCCCCCUCGCCCACCUUCUCAUGGCUCCCGCUCAAAACCUCACCCCCUUCCUCACCCAAAGCAGCCUCAGCCUCCAUCAGCAGCAUGAGCGAGGGGGAUGAGGAUGAGAAGUAGAGGCUGCUGGCAGGCAAGAGCCACACCACAUAGGAUGGGGAGGAGGGCGAGGGUCACAGCGGGUACCUGGGUGGUGUUUGAAGGGUGAUAGUCACAGGAGCUGCAGCUCAGCAGGGAGACCCUGAACUCUGCUAAGGGAAGGUCUUGGGACCAGUUCUCGCUCUCCGUACAGCUCAGGAGUUGGGAGAGGCACGGAGAUUUUGAGCGGGACAACCUACACAAACCUUCUUAGCAUCAUCUAGAAUCACUCUAACCUUGCUAAGAAAGGAUGCAGAGUGCCGCAGAGAGACUUGCACUGAUGGGGAGUGACUUCUGCUUUGGUCCUUCUACCCACCCCCACCAAGUAAACCACCUGUGGAAGCAGCUGUUCCCUCAGCCUGCUACUUCUGCCUCUGUAAGUUUCCUGCACGUUGCCUCCCACCACCCCAGCUCUUCCAGAAUAAAACUGUUUCCAAUAGAGGGGGCAAAGUGCUUCUAAAAUAGUCAAAGACAAAUUCCAAGCUUCUUAGUCAAGCCACUGAACCUGAUGUUGGAACGCAUCAACUCCUUCCAGUUCCAUGAACGUGGCUCAUAGACAAAGCCUUGCUUUAGGCCAGUUCUCAAAGGUCAUCUAGUGUGAACCUUAACUUUUUAUUCAAAGGACAGUGUUGUCAAGAACUCCACGUAAGGCCUGACGUGCUCCUGGUUGUACUUUCUCAUCAUUGGUUUCACUGCAUUGUUUUGCAGAAAUUACCUUAAUCUGUGGGAACUGCAACACAGAAAAACUUCCUAAUAUGUAAAAAAAAAAGAGGAGCUGCUUUGCUUUGGCUCCAAGUUGAGCAGACAAGAAAUGUCUCCUGAAGCUUCUCCUUAAAGGAUGCUAUUAUGGAAUGGCUUUUCCCAUUUCCGACCAGUUAACAGUUUCAUAGACCUCAAGUAACAGUUUGAGGCAUCAAACAUAGUAUACCGAUGGGGGUGCUACCUGCACGUAUCUGUUCUAUGUAUGCUCCAGUAUAUCAUCCCCAGGUGUAUCCCAUGUGCAAUAUGAAUAUAUAGUGGUGGCAUUUUAUAAUAGACCCCGCUCCCGCUCUCCACCCUAAUACUCCUCUGAAAUCCUUGGUCUCAAGAACCAUCUGUUCUCUGGUGACUUGGGUACUUUGUCAAGUGCAUCCCAGAUUCCUGUGGAAAUGUUUUAUCACAACCAGGAAAUGAGUAUGUUGUUCUUGUGGCCUCCUGUAACAUUUUUGGGUGAAGGAGAACUCUGAAGACCUUUUACAGAGAACUCUGGGCUCAGUUAUGAUCUUAGCAUCUGAGUGGUCUAGGUAGUAGCAUCAUUAUCUCUGGCCCUAGGUUUGCUAAGUGGGAUGAGGACUCUAGGUGUUCCUGCUUGAGUUGUCCAAAGCUCCUGCUCCUUAGUCACCUGUGUGAAAUGAGCAGGGAGAGUUAAGAUCUGGAGCCAAACUCUUUGGGUUAUUGUCCGGGUAUGCCAGUCAAGUCAGAGACAGAGCUGGGGGCUUGUCUAUCACAAGAGAUUCUGAGCUCUGCCUACAAGUUGUUGGCUUGGGCCUCUAUUUUCAGAGAGGAUGAAACGCCCCUUUCCAGCUGGUUCCCUGGGAAUCAGCCUUCUAUGUGACAAGGGAGCAACCAAUGAAGGAAAGCGGCAUCUUUCCCCUUUGUGUUGGGGUUGAACUACCUCCCUACCCACCAGGAGAUGAAUGCUGUCUGCUGGGAAGGAAAACUAUGAGGCUAAGCUGGCCUGGAACCUCUUUGUUCUUGGCACUUUCUUUCUCCAGGACUCUGUGAAGCACUCAUGUGGGACAGAGAACUGGCAGGAACAUGGCGUGUGAGGAAGAAAACUUCCUUUUGCAGUCAAAGCCCACCUAGAAUAUUGCUCUUCAGAGAGGGACAAGGGCCCCAUUCUUCCAUUGUGUCCAUUUGGUCCCUGUCUUCCAUCACACACUCAGGUCAAACCAUGCACGUUAGUCUGCCAUCCAUUUGAGUUAGUUGGCACUUGCAGCUGUAAAGGAUGAGGCCAUCUGGGCAAGGGAAGGUGGUGGGAACAAGGGAAGAGAACAGAAGGAAAGAAGUUCCUGGAGGGAGGAAAGGAGGAUAAAAAAUAUCUGCUCCCCUUAAUCCAUUUCAGGACCUCACUUUAUAGGUGAGACUCUCUUGGGAAGGCCUUUUGUGUCCCCACGCCAUGGCCCAUGGCAGAUAGGAUACACUUUUACCUGAAUUCUGCACUCUGGAGCAAAUACUCUAUUAGGGUGACUAUACAUUUGCAGGUCUUAUAUGCCAUACUGACAGGUGCCACUUAUGUGACUCAUCAGAUAAUGUCACCAUUGCUGCCAAUUAUGGGAAACAACCAAUGCCUCUUCCAGGGAUGGGCCCAAACCACACAUAAAUGGGUUCUAAAUCUCACCCUCCUAACCUGCAGUGAGCUCCCCAACACCAAACCCUCUUGAGGCUGCAAGUCUACUGAGAAGGAAUGGGGAGGAUUCUGCAACCCAACUUUUGAUAUUUCUUGGCCAUCUUUUAGCCUUUCACAGCCCCUACCCCCACACCACCUUCCCGCUCCCAGGUGGAGACCCGGUUGCAUUUUGUUAGGGCUGGCUGGUCAACCAUAAUGGCCAAGGUGAGUUAAGGCUGGAAUGAGAAAUAUGGGAAGGGUGCUCCAAGCUUGGAGGGGUAAGCAAGAAUGACACAAAGCAAGGGAAGAGAUUCUUUUUGCCCUAGUGAGGAAAGGAAACUUCAGACUGAGGAGGGCUAGAGGAAGCUACAUAGGACUGCAGAAUAGGGCAGCUUAUGAAGAUGGGAGAAAGUGGGACUGAAGUAUUAGGGGAAUGGGAAGGUAGUAAUUUUCCGCUCCUUUCCUUCCUUCCUUCCCUCCCUCCUUCCUUCCUUUCCUCCCUCCUCCCUCCCUUCCUCCCCUCCUUCCUUUCUUUUCUUUCCUUCCUUCUUCCUCCCUCCAUCCCUCUCUCUUUUGUUUCUUCUCUCUCUCUCUCUCUCUCUCUCUCUCUCUCUCUCUCUCUCUCUCUCUCACACACACACACACACACACACACACACACACACACAGUUUUUGAGGCAGAGUUUCACUCUUGUUGCCUAGGCUGGAGUGCAGUGGUGCCAUCUUGGCUCACUGCAGCUUCUGCUUCCCGGGUUCAAGGGAUUUUUCUGCCUCAGCCUCCCAAGUAGCUGGGAUCAUAGGCACCUGCAACUACACCCAUCUAAUUUUUGUAUUUUUAGUAGAGUCAGGGUUUCACCAUGUUGGCCAGGCUGGUCUCGAACUUCUGACCUGAGAUGACUCACCUGCCCUGGCUUCCCAAAGUACUGGGAUUACAGGCAUGAGCCGAUUUUCCGCUCCCCUUCAAGUGUUAACUCGCCCCCUAACAGACGAAGAGGUAAGGGUUCCUUUUACACACAACCAAGGUUAGCAAAUGCCCAUGAAAGAUGUGGGGGUCCCUGCCUCUCUAGCUGUUUCAUUUCAGCACUUCUACAUUAGCUGCUUAUGGGGAUGCUAAAAUCAACUGAUCACCCCUCCACCAGCUAAGAAACAGGGGUGAAAUUCCUGUGCCGCAGUCAUGCUGAAUGACUUACUUCUGGCAAGCAUGCUCCUGUGUGUCAGGACCUUACCAAGGCAAAGGAACUCCAGCCUCAAGAGGAGCAGGACACGAGACAUUGGCCUGGCCUCUGACCUGGUCUGAGUGGAAGAGACACAGCUUAGGGAUUUCAGUUUUGCUCCAUGCCUUAGGCUACUAGAUACUGUGAUUUCACCCCCUGAGGGAGGGACAGGAAGAGCACAGAUUUAUUUUCUCUCCAUCUUCAGUACUUAUUUUAGCAUCUAGUCAUACCCCAGGGAGAGAUGCGAGACAGUGUCACCGGCUCAGCUGAAGCAGAUGAGCCUGUCUCUAGCAGAGAUGUGCCUGAUUUUUAGGCAUCCAUUCAGCAUUAGCGUUGGCUAUCAGAUUUUUUAAAAAGAAAUAGCUCAUGAGGCAUUUGCAACUUAUUUCUAGUUUUUUUUCUGUUGUGUCACUGCAGUGUGUCCAGGGACAAAGCCAUAACUAGAGCAUACAUACUUAAGACUAUGCUGUACAUAGAAGACAAGAUGAUGACUCAUCUGGGUUAAAGCAUGACCUUAUGCCCAAGCAUUUGCUCUGGUGCUGAAUAAUGCAAACUACUGGAAUCAACCUCCCCCAACUCUGUGUGUCCCCUGCGCCCCACCCCCGCCACCGCACUCCUAUCCCAUUCUUGCUCUCAAAUGGACCACACCAUUCUCAACUUGUUUAUAAAUAAAGUGAUGCAGAAUUGCA